UACAGUUACAUUCAAAAAUCUAUGAUGUAGAUUUGUAGAUCCGGUUUCCAUUUCCUCUCUAUCCUCUGAGUAUCUUUGGAGAAUUUAUGGGGAGAGAAUGUCGGAUCAAUCAAAAUGCACCACCAUCUAUAUGUCUCCGGAGUUGAGACAGGCCAGCGACAAGGCUCUAUCGACAGGUGCUCAAGAGAUACGCUUUCCAGACCAUAAAUUACCACCAUCUCUUCAAAUUGGUCAAAUUCAGUCACACCAUUUGAGUUUGGGAAUCCGCCGCUCUUUCGCCUCCACGGACCUGCUCACCAAUGCGCACCCGCAGUCCGCACACAGUGCACUUUCCCUGGACAGCCUGGAAGGGGUGCUAUCGCUACACUCAGACUCUAGAGUGGAGCUCCAGCCUACCAGUGACACCACCCUGAACCCCAGGAGCUCCCAUAGCAGCUGGCUCUCCCUGGAGGACAUAGCGCUGCCUGCAGGUGGGGAGGGGAAGUGCAGCGACAGGAAAAAGAGUUUGGGCACCAAGUACGAGGAGAACUGGCAGGACGCCAGGGACGGCGGCAGCGAGUCGCACCCCGAUGAUGACGAGGAUUCGGGGUCCCUUGAGUCCAUCAAUGAGGAAGAGGAGGAAGAGGAAGGGUUAAUGGUGGUAAACCCCAAAGCAAGUAAAGAGAAAAGGAAGAAGAGGUAUGAUGUGGAGGGGACUUCAACUGAGAGCCCAUCAAAGUACCUACAGGAAUUCCAUAGUUUACCCAAGAGGCUAGUGCCCUCUGAGAUCACCCACUGUCUGUAUGAACUAGAGGAGGAGUGCAGGGGAGUGGAGAGAGAGAGCGAGAGUGUCAAAUGGAAGAUGGAGCUAAUACAUCGCAGUGUGGUCACAGUCCAGGAAACACUGCGGACUCUUCUGAAACGCCUAGUGGAGGCUCAGAGCAACGAAGCCUUCGACCCAACCCCAAUACCAACCACCCACCACCUCCUCUCCACCACCCACCACCGUCCCCCUAACGCACCCUCUCACUCCCUCUUCCACUCCGCCAACCGUCUUCUGCCAGCAGACGCCCCCACCAAGAUCCUUUCCACCUCCCAGGUGAACCAGGUGCCCUCCAACCUGUCCCAGUGUACCCACCACCACUGCCUGGCUCACCGUGCCGUGGCGCGCCGCCCGUCCGAGACCUGCCUGACCGAGGCCAAUGCCACCCAGACCCAGGGCCACUGCUGCCCCAGGACCACCAGCCCUGGAACCGCCACCCUGACCAGCUGUGCCCAGCGGGGGAAGGAAAGGGCAGCAGCCCUCCAUGCCAUCACUGACCUGAGGAUGGAAGUAGAGCACCUGCGCGUGGCCCAUGAGGAGGGGCGCCAGGAGCACCGGGAGACCCUGGGCGUGCUGAGGGCCUUCCAGAAGGACAUGGGGACCCUGGUGUCCCACUGGCAGAGAGACAGACAGGACAGACAGAAGCAGAGUGACGUCGGCACACAGCUGGAGGCUAUCAGACAGCAAUCCAACAAUGUCACUGAGAUGACUCGGCAGGCAGUCGCUGUGUUCGGUAAAGUGGGGCUUCAAUUGGAGGGGCUGGGAGCAGUAGGAACUCUGGUCCGCUCUGCCUCUACCAAGCUAACACCCAACAGCUCUCUACUGUGCCAGCGCUGCACUUCCAAGACAAUGGAUGGAGAGAGGAAAGAGGAAUGAGAGCAAAAAUAUAGUAUUGUCUUGAUUGAAACCGUUGAAAUAAAACGUUUAUCUGCAAAUCUUAUUUGUUCCUUUCUUAUCUUCUUUCUAACUGCACAUUCACUUACAACUUAUGUUAAUCUUUAACAUUUUCAAAAAGGGAAGCAGGUGAGUCAUUUACUAUAGCCUGCUUUAUGAUACAGUAAUGUUUCACACUUAGGCCACUUUGGAGUCGAGUCACAUAAAUGUCAAAUGUACUGAACAUCGUGUGGAACACUGUUGACGGUAACACGCACACACACACACACACACAAGGAUCCCCAAUACUCAUUUUAACAACUUUGUAUAGGUAAGACCUGUAAAUGCUUUAUUUAAAAACAAAUAUUGAACAUGCAGGUGAAAUCAAAGACAAAGCAGCAAAAUCAACUAGAAAACAGUGUUCCUCUGUAGCUCAGUUGGUAGAGCAUGGCGCUACCAGGAUAGUGGGUUCGAUUCCCGGGACCACUGGUACAUUAUAUUUAUGCACGCAUGACUAAGUCACUUUGGAUAAAAGCGUCUGCUAAAUGGCACAUAUUAUCAUGUGUAUAUAUAAGAACAUUCCAUUAAAAUGUUGUUGGCAUUUGAAUCAAGGUUCAAGCAUUUUAUAUUUACAGUACAUUUGAGUCAUUUAACGCUUAUCUAGAGCACUCAUCAUUAGGUAGCGAGGUAAGACAACCAAAUAGUAAUAAUAAACCAAACUUUUUCUCAAUAGAGCAGCUAUCAACAAAGUCAGGGCUAGUAAUAAAAGAAGAAAGGCAAGUGGCAAGAAAGGCAAGUAGCCUACAUGAUAAGCUGUUAAAAAAAAAUUUAAAGGUCCAAUGCAGCCGUUUUUAUCUCAACAUCAAAUAAUUUCUGGGUAACAAUUAAAA